AUCGUGAGGCAGGUCAGACUGGACAGGUGGGUUUCACCGCGGCGACGACCUGAGACAGGUGAAAACAAAAGGACAUUGACAGGAUGUUUCCUCCUGUUUUACUGAGAAAAACAGACGGAGCGUUAUCAGCGAGCACAGAGUUCAGGUCCUGAUGUCUUCAGGAGGAGUUGGUUCUGCCACCAGGUUUGACCGGGUGCGGGAGAUCCCAUACUAUGACCAGGUCCCUGUGGGCUCCUCAUGGCGGGAUGAGGACUUCCCUCCACCCCCGGCACCCUUGCAUGGACCAGUGCAGGCUGUCAGCUUAGAUCCCCUUCCCCCUCCCCCUCUACCCGAACAGCCAGCUGUUGGGCUUGAAUCUGUCUCCGUCCCCAGUGAUGAUGUCCCAACAGAGGACGAGUGUAAUGCCAAAGACAUUAAGCCAGUCCACCGCUUCAUCCCCAACUCUGUCAAGAACUUCUUCCGUGGCAGUGGCAGUAACCGUGGCAGCAAGGGUUGGUCCAUUCCUCCACCUCAACCUGCUCCCCACUCACCUGCUCCCUCAUCCAGGAAUAGUGCCUACUGUCACACUACAGCAGGGGUCCCCUGCUCCCCCCCCCACUCUGCCCCUCCAUCACCAUCCUGGGACCCUUACCGCAGCUCUGGAGGCAGCUACAUCUCUCAGAAGGAGCAAGAUGGGCUGCUGCUCGGUGCUGACGCUCUCAACUCUGCAUCUGCAGUGCCCACCAAUCUCUCAGCCCUGACCUAUCAGGAGCAGGUGGAGCAGUAUCACCAGCGCUAUGCCUACAUGAAGUCCUGGGCUGGCCUGCUGAGGAUCCUUGGCUGCGUGGAGCUGCUGCUUGGAGCAGCAGUGUUUGCCUGCGUCUGUGCUUAUGUUCAUAAAGACAAUGAGUGGUUCAAUAUGUAUGGAUACUCCCAGCCACAGAUGUUUGGGGGCAUUGGUGGAGGUGUUGGUUCAUAUGGGAACGGCUACUACACAGGCCCCAAGACUCCUUUUGUCCUGGUGGUGGCUGGUCUUGCGUGGAUAGUGACUGUUAUUCUGGUUGUUCUUGGGAUGACCAUAUACUACAGAGCGAUCCUUCUAGACUCUUCUUGGUGGCCACUCACGGAGUGUUCCAUCAACCUGGUCUUGGCAAUGCUCUAUAUAGCAGCAGGGGUAGUGUAUGUGAGGGACACUACACGUGGGGGGCUGUGCAACAUACCGGUUUUCAAUAAUGGAAUAAACGGGGCGUUCUGCCGCACCGAGGCUGGCCAGACAGCAGCCAUUGUCUUCCUCUUCAUCACCAUGGUGCUGUACUUCAUCAGUGUAGGAGUGUGUCUAAAGCUGUGGAGACAUGAAGCAGCCAGGAUGAGGAAGGAGGGGCUGGCACUGGAGAUGAAAACCACUGGAUCAUCAGUCCCUCUGUCCAUACUGGGUCCAGCAUCCAGGGCCUCAGAGCAGACUCCUCUCCCCACCAUUCACCCAGACAUCAUAGAUGCCCCGAACAGCUUUACAGCUGCUUCUGUGACUAUGCUGGAGCCAGAGAUUCUCCAACGUCACAUACCCGCAGGACACAUCCCCAAACCUGUUGUUAUAGCCGACUAUGUGGCCAAAUACCCCAGCAUUCGCACAGAGGAGGAGAAGGAGCAGUACAAGGCUGUGUUCAAUGACCAGUAUGCUGAGUACAAGGAACUGCACGCUGAGGUUCAGGCAAUGGCCAAGAAAUUUGAAGAGAUGGAUGAGAUGAUGCAGAACCUUCCCUCCCGGCCUUCCAGCCAAAUGGAGAAGGAGCGGAUCAGUAGCAUUUUAAUGGAAUAUCAGAGAAAGAAAGCUGACCCAACAUAUUUUGAAAAAAGGGAGAGGUGUGAGUACCUAAAGAACAAGCUCUCUCAUAUCAAACAGAGGAUUCAGGAGUACAACAGUGCCAUGGGCUGGAACGACAGCAACUCGCGCGGUCUAGAGGAUGCGGCCGCGCGCCUGGUGUGUUGUUUGUCCUUCAUCACACCAGUACCACCGCAGUUUGCACCGGGAUCAGACGGUUCAUCACAGCAGCAGAGUGAGUGUCAGCUGGAUUUCAAUAUGCCGAACAACAAACACAACCCCCCACCAUACCAGCCAAAUGGUAGCAAACACCAUAGCAGCAGACAUAGGCACAGUGAGCUCAUGUCCAACCCAGCCUUUUCCUACUACCCAGGAGACAAGAUGCUUCAUUUCUAUCGCUGGACUUCACCACCGGGUGUGAUGAAGAUAUUGUGUAUCAUCAUCAUCAUCAUGUGUGUGGCUGUGUUUGCCUGUGUGGCAUCCACACUGGCCUGGGAUUACGACAUGAGUCUUAUGGGUCUGGGGGGUGGAACUGGUUUGUUGCCAGGUUAUGGAUAUGGUGGUUCAUACGGCGGCUCAUACGGUGGCUCGUAUGGCACCAGUUAUGGCGGCUCAUAUGGAGGAAGCAUGGGCAGUGGCGGUUCCUAUGGCUAUGGCUCUGGCUAUGGAGGAACAGAGAUGGAUCCCAAAGCUGGCAAAGGCUUCAUCAUAGCCAUUUCGGCCAUUACCUUUAUAGCUGUGCUCAUCAUAUUUGUGUUGGUCGUUUCAAAGCAAAAUUCUGCCCGCUCUUCAAAGUUCUACCUGGCAGCCAUCAUCAUCUGUGCGAUCUUAGCAUUUCUGAUGAUCAUUGCCACUAUUGUGUACCUGGUGUCAGUGAACCCAACAGCUCAGUCCACAGGAUCUGUCUACUACAGCCAAAUCCGCCAGUUGUGUGCCCAGUACCAGACACAGACCCAAGCUCAGGGCAUCUUCCUCAACCAGUACCUUUACCAUUACUGCGUGGUGGAGCCCCAAGAGGCCAUAGCUAUUGUCCUGGGCUUCCUGGUGUUUGUUGCCCUCAUCAUCCUGCUGGUGUUUGCCGUCAAGACUCGCUCAGAGAUCAGGCGCUGGGGCAUUCACCGCAUUCUCUGGGAGGAAGUGAAGGUUGUCCAAAAGGUUCCACACAACAGUGUUGGGGAGUGGGUGAACAAUGUGUCUGGGGACCCAGAGGUACUACUGAAUGACUAUAACGACAAAGUUGGGGGGUCCAGAGACUAUUUGGAUCGACUGGACCACAACAAGCCUCUUUACCUACCAGGAGACUCCGACAUCAGUAGCUCAGUUGGAGGCCUGAAGCCUAGGCUGAAGGACUAUGACACUGGUGCAGAGUCUGGAGAUGACCUGGAGGAGGAGGACUUCAGUGUUUUGCUUCCUUCCAUCGUAGACGAGCAAGAACGACUGAACUACAAACGUGAGUUUGACCAUGAUCACCAGGAGUACAAGAGCCUGCAGGCUGAGCUGGACAGCAUAAACCAGGACCUGGCUGACCUGAACAGAGAGCUAAAUGGACAUCCUGAGGGCAGUCCACAGUUUCUGGAUGCCAUGAAUGAAUACACCAGACUAAAGAAUCUCAAGAGGUCCCCAGAAUACCAGAUUAAGAAGAGGAGGUGUAAAUAUCUCAGAUCCAGACUGUCACACAUCAAGAAGAAGAUCAGCGAGUACGACCGCCGGCCUUGAACCUUCACCUCUGACCCCUUUCACAUAGGGAAUGUGACAAAUCUGCAAUUUUCCACACUACUGUCUUUGAGUUUAUCACCAAUCUAUGCCUUUAUGUUACAUAUGUAUCAAGGCAGUAAACAAAUUUCUUGUCCAGAGAGGGGCAGGUGAAGGAAAUAUUGAUUUUUUUUCUACUACUGUUUUUGAUCAAUUCUCCAGCCUAUGUAAGUUUCAUGAAGAACUAUUAUAAAGAACAAUUUAGGUGUAGAAAAUGUAUUUUGAGUCUCUCUCCUUUAAUUAGAAAACGAGAGAUGUGAUAUGAUUUGUUUUUGUUGCACUGGUGAAGCAGUUAUUGUGCUUCUUUUUAUAGCUUUUUUUUUUUUUUUUUUUUAAUUUUGACAAUGUCAUGUACAGUGAAGCAAGACACGUAAAUUUGGCGUCAUUAAGCCACUGACCAUUCCUUGUAAAUAAAUUUAAUUUCAAGUUUUUAGAAAAAUGUAUAUCGUUUUCUAAUAUGCUUUUCUGUACUUAUCCUUGAGAUUAUUACAGCCUUUUUUUCAUGGUAAAUAUUAAAAGGAAAGUUGAAAUGUAACUCACUGAUUAAUGAAGACUCCUUCCCUUUUAGGUGUGCUAUUAACAUUUGUCUGACAUUUGUCUUUUAUUGUAAUGAAUGUAAUUUCUUAUUUCCAUUUUAUUUAAAGACCAAUAAAUAAUUCCUCCCUCUCCUCAAUAA